AUGGAACAUGACCCUACCUCCUACCUCGCAUUUAGUCGCAAAUUGUACGACAUAAGAACUGCGCAACCGACGUCUACCGGUCCGUUCAGCCCUCUGCGUCUUUCUACGGGCACUGUCCACCCGUUCUAUAUCUAUGGCACGGCGUUUCAAGAAGACCGAACUGGCGAGUUGAAGGCCUUGGCUCUCAAAAACGGCUUCAGGGGUGUCGACUCAGCCAACUAUUCUUCCGCAUAUGAAGAGCCCUCCAUCAGGAGCACCAAAAGAAAAGCCCCUAGACCUCAUGGAAGAAACAUUGAUAAAUGGGGAAAAUUACAUCUUCAUCCAGGUACAACCAAGUUUACUCCCAUCUGGGCGCACGCCGAGUCGAAGCUUCCCUAUAAUGCCGAUCAGCCUUUAGAGAAUCAGGUGCACGAGUCAAUCGAGCAAUCCUUCCAGAACCUAAAACUCGGCUACAUCGACGCACUUCUUCUACAUGCCCCGUUCGAGGAUGAACAGGAUGACACGGUCGCCUGGCAUGCCAUGGAGAGCCUCGUCCCGCCGCGGGUUGGCGUGUUGGGCGUAUCCAACUCUGGUCGUGCUGCUCUCGAGAAGCUUUACGCAGCUGCCAGCGUCAAGCCAAAAAUUGCACAGAACCGAUUCCAGGAGGAGAACGAAUACGAUGCCGACAUUCGCGAGUACCUGGACAAGACGGGCAUCGUCUACCAAGCAUUCAGUCUGCUAAAGGCCAACCAAGAGAUUCGCAGCUCGGAGCUGGUGGCUCGUGUCGCUGAGCGCUUCUACACCGAGAGGGAGAUUGCUUUCUACAUGCUAGUCCUGGGCUUAGGCAAGGUGUCUAUUGUGAAUGGAACCACGAGCGAGGCGCGGGAGAUGGACCUGUCAAGAUUGCAGAGCUUCUGGGAGACCAACAGGCCGCGUCUGGCCCUGACAGAGCACUUGGCAGAAUUUAAGCAGCUUCUACGCACCAAGUAA